AUGAGUAAACGCUGCUUACGAUCAAAUACCUCUAUUGAUGAUCCAACGUCACCUAAAGUCCAAAAAAAAAUAAAAAAGUCAACAACUAAAGAUGUGUCGGAUUCGAAAUUAUCAGCUAUUAAAUCAGCGAAGCUUAAACCAUCAACAGCCAAAAAAGCAACAGUAAACAAAAAAGAGGAGAAAGAAAAUGUUGUUACAUCAAAGAGGACGAGACAAGUUAAAGAAAAACCCCAAAGGAAAGAUAAUUUAAACGAUAAAGUUCUUACAGUAAAAAGGAAAAGAAAAAUUAUCAUUCCCUCUGAUGAUAGUGGAGAUGACUCAGAUGAAUACAAGCCAAAUAAUGAAGCAGCCGAUUCAGAUGAUUCAGGAUCAUUAGAUGUUGUUUCUGAACUUGACAGUUCAUUAGAUUCUGACUUUGAUAACAAGCCAACUUUAAAAAACAAUCGGCCAAUAAAUACAACUAAAAAACAGAAAAAAUCACGUUCGGAUUCAAAACGAGAAGAGAAAAAAAGUGAUGAAUCCGUGAAGUCAGUUCAAUUGGAAAAAGUUAAUCUGUCGUCAGGACUAGUAUCAAGACAAAAGAGCUGGCCUCAUCUCAAUUAUUCAUUCAUGCAUCCUCAUGAACUCCGCGAUGCUAACGAAAGAAGACCAACCCAUCCACAGUAUGAUCCCAAGACACUCCAUGUACCUAAAAAGUUUCUUGAUAAGCAAACACCGGCGAUGCGACAGUGGUGGUUACACAAGAGUCAACAUUGGGACUGUGUGUUGUUUUUUAGAAUUGGUAAUUAUUAUGUACUGCAUCAUAUGGACGCUUUAACCGGGGUUAACGAACUUGGUUUAUCACUUGUACGAAGAGUUAGUUUUCCAUAUGUGUGGUUUUUUGAAAAACAUUAUGCUCGUUAUCUUAGAAUACUUAUUGAUAAAGGCUACAAAGUAGCCCGAAUUGAGCAAACCGAAAACCAAGCGAUGAUGGAAGAACGAUGUGAAAAAUUAAAGUCAAGAGCAACCAAAUUUGAUAAAAUUAUGAGACGUGAGCUCUGCCAGGUCGUUACUAGAGGUACACGCGUUCCAACGGUUUUGGAUAUAGAAAAUUUUUCAUCACAUUCUAAUUACUUAAUGACGCUAGUCGAAGAACAAAAUUUAUCUCAAUUCCCUAGCUAUGGAAUUUGUUUUAUCGAUACAAGUAUUGGAGUUUUUCAUCUGGGUCAGUUCGAUGACGACCAUCAAAACUCACGUCUUCUCACGUUGUUGUCUCAUUACACUCCUGCCCAUAUUAUCUAUGGAAAAGGAAAUCUUUCUCAAACAACAAUGAAAAUACUCAACACGCAUUUACCGAUAACAACAAUAAAAGAAGCUUUACUGAUGGAAUCUCAAUUCUGGUCAGUUAAAAAAGUUAUUGAUAGGCUUAAAGACGGUGACUACUUCAAAUACGAGUCAGAUAAAUUUUCUUGGCCUGAAGGAUUAAAACCUUUUAUAAACUUUCACGAUGCUAAUAAUGUUAAACUAGUAGAUGAUAAAAAAUUGGCAAUGCAUGCUCUUGGAGGAUGUCUUUAUAUAUUGACUGAGUAUUUAUUGGAUCAACAGUUACUGGCACUAAAAAAAUUUCAAACAUAUAUUCCACCUGACAUGAAUGUUGUUGAUGGAAAGCGUGCUGGUAGCAGUCCUUCACUUUUAACGACUUUAGAUUUUUGCUGCACUGAUUUUGGUAAGCGGUUAUUGAAAGAAUGGGUUUGUCAGCCAGCUUGUAACAGCAGAACAAUUAGAGCCCGUCAAGAUGCUGUUGGAGAACUUCGUGAUUUAAAGAGCAUAUGUAUAAAGGCUAGAAGACAGUUAAGUGGCCUUCAAGAUCUCGAAAGAUUAAUAACAAAAAUUCAUGCUUAUGGAAAUUCUGCAAAAGUUAAAAAUCAUCCGGAUGCUCGUGCAAUAUCGAGUGAUUGGAUGAUUUACAAUAAAAGAAGAAUUACCGACUUGAUUACUUGUCUAAAAGGUUUUAAACAAGCAGUUGGAAUUAUGAAAAUCUUUGGAUCAUUAAAAAGUGAUCUAAUAAUACAAACUACCCAGGUCAAACCGAGAGGAGAAUUUCCUGAUUUUACUGAAACUCUCAGUCAUUUUGAGUCUGGAUUUGAUGAAACUUUAGCAUUAAAACAUGGAUGUAUAAUGCCUAAAAAAGGAAUGGACUUGGAAUAUGAUCAAGUGAUUGUCGAGUUAGAGCAAGUAAAAAACGAUGCAGAUGAAUAUUUGAAAUCUCAAAGUCAAAAAUAUGAAACUGAAUGUAAAUAUAUCAGUACGAGUGAAAGUACUUAUGAAAUAGAAAUCUCAGAGAAAAUAGUAAGUAACGUUAUCGAUGGUUACGAUUUUAAAAAAACACGUAAAGGAUUCAAACGGUACUGGAAUGAGGAAACUAAAAAACUUCAAGAACGAAAAACAGCUGCUGAGGCACGACAUGAUAUGUUGCUUAAGGAUUCUGAUAGACGAAUUUUUGCCAAGUUCAGCGAGGAUUACGAUAUGUGGGCUACAGCUGUCUAUAAAGUUGCUGUUCUUGACGUUCUUAUUUCUCUUGCUGAAUAUUCCAGGAUUGGUGACAAGUGUGCUCCAGAAAUCAACGAUACGGAUGAAGUUAUGCUAGAUAUUCAAGAAGGAAUUCAUCCUUUCAUCACAUCUGAAAAUUUUGUACCCAACAAUACAUCACUUGCGAUCAAUGACUACGGACCCCUGGUGAUUUUAACUGGACCAAACAUGGGUGGAAAGUCAACAAUAAUGCGUCAAGCCGGUUUACUGAGCAUUAUGGCACAUAUAGGCUGCCAUAUACCAGCACAAAGUUGUAAACUUUCGUUGAUAGAUCGUGUUUUCACUCGACUUGGUGCCAAUGAUGACAUGAGAACUGGCAGGAGUACAUUUUUAGUCGAAUUGAGCGAAGCUGCUACAUUUGUACUACAUGCUACGAAAAAUUCUCUAGUCCUCGUUGAUGAGCUCGGACGAGGAACAUCAACACACGAUGGUACAGCAAUAGCUGCGGCUAUCCUCAAAGCUCUCUCAAAACUUGAAUGUCGAACUUUAUUCUCUACCCACUAUCAUAUGCUGGUAAGCGAAUUUAAAGAUAAUCCCGCUGUCUCACCUGCUCAUAUGGCAUGUCAAGUUGAGAGUGAAGAGACUGACGCAACUCAAGAAACCGUAACUUUUUUGUACAAGCUUACUAAAGGUCCAUGUCCAAAAUCGUAUGGAUUUAAUGCAGCAAGAAUCGCUGGAAUCAAAUCUCAUAUCACAAAACGAGCUAAUGAGCUUGCUAAAAAACUAGAAGAUGCUGGAAAUCGAAGAAAUUUAUUUAUAUCAUUAUGUAGCGUUAAUCGAAAUGAUGUAAAAAACCUUAUUGGGCAUAAACGAAAUUUACGUUCAAGAACUCGUACUGAAGAUCUAGAAUCACCUAAAAAAGUACCGAAAAAAGAUGAAAAAAAAGUUACUAAAACCACAACGCGUCCAAAGCUACAAUCAUCUAAACCAGCAACACCUAAACGACAACCAGCUAAAUCUAAAGCGAAAGCUAAACCUCAAACUCAGCCUAAAAAAGCAAUUAUCAAUGGAAAAGAAAAUAAAGAAACCACUGCUACUCCUAAAAGGAAGCGAGAAGUUAAAAAACCCAAGGUAGAAGAACUGUACUCAGAUGAUGAUGAUGAUGAGGAAGAAGAGGAAAAAACUCCCGUAAAAAGGAAGAGGAGGAAGAUUGUUGUUCCUUCUGAUGAUAGUGGAGAUGAUUCGGAUGAAUACAAGCCAAGUGAUGCUUCAGACUCAGACGCAUCAAUAUCAUCAGCUGCUGCUAGCUCUGAAGUAGAUACAUCGUUGAAUAAUACGGCAGAUACUGUAUCUGACGAUGAGCCACCACCUAAAAGAGAACAGAAACCGAGGAAUCCUGGAAGAGGUAAAAAGUGGUAUCCAAAUAAAAAAAAAGUCGAGGAUGAUGAUGAGUCUGGCAAGUCAUUCCAAUUGGCAAAGGCUAAACUACAAUCAGGACCUGUGUCAGGUGCUGAAAGUUGGCCUCAUUUAAAGUAUCCAUUUCUUCAGCCGGAAAAUAUUCUAGAUGCGGAAAAAAGACGACCUGAUCAUCCAGAAUAUAAUCCGAAAACACUCUAUGUGCCUCAGGAAUUUCUUGAUAAGCAAACCCCAUCGAUGCGUCAGUGGUGGACACUCAAAAGUCAACACUUUGACUGUGUGUUGUUUCAUAAAAUUGGUAAAUUUUAUGGGUUAUAUCAUAUGGAUGCAGUCUCUGGAGUAAAUGCUCUUGGCUUAAAUUUUAUACAGCGCGACUUUGCAUAUACAGGAUGUUUUGAAGUAAACUACAGUCGGCUUUUUAAAACUUUUGUUGAAAAAGGCUACAAAGUGGCUCGUGUUGAACAAACUGAAACUCCACAAAUGAUGGCAAAGCGUUGUGACAAAUCAAAAUCAAAAGCAUCUAAAUUUGAUAAACUUGUGAGACGUGAAGUCUGUCAAAUUAGUACUCGAGGUACACGCGUCUCUACGGUCCUAGAUAUAGAAAAUUUUUCAUCGCAUUCUAAUUAUUUGUUAUCGCUGGUCGAAGAUCAUUCCAAUAAAUUACCUACUUAUGGUAUUUGUUUUAUUGACACAAGUAUCGGUAUUUUUCAUUUAGGUCAAUUCAAAGAUGAUUGUCACAAUUCACGUCUCCUUACAUUAUUGUCUCAUUACACACCUGCCCACGUUGUCUAUGGAAAAGGAAAUCUUUCUCCAGUAACAAUGAAAAUUCUCAAUACGCAUUUGCCUGUGACAACAUUAAAAGAGGCUUUAUUGAAAGAUCAAUUUUGGUCUGUCAAGGUGAUUCUUGAUAAGCUUAAAGACGGUCACUACUUUAAAUACGAGUCAGAUGAAUUUUCUUGGCCAGAAGGAUUGAAACCUUUUAUAAAUUAUCAUGAUAAUAAUAAGACUGUUAAUCCAGUUAAUGACAAAAAACUGGCUAUUAAUGCUCUUGGAGGAUGUGUUUCUGUACUAACUGAAUGUGUGUUGGAUGAACAAUUACUUGCGCUUAAAAAAUUUCAAACAUAUAUUCCACCCGAUAUGAAUGUUGUUGAUGGGAAGCGUGUUGGUCCACUCGUUAAUAUGGUUAUCGAUGCUGCGACUAUUGAAAAUUUAAAUAUUCUUGGUAAGAGUCCUUCACUCUUAACGACUUUAGAUUAUUGCUGUACUGACUUUGGUAAGCGGUUAUUAAAAGAAUGGGUUUGUAGGCCAGCUUGUAAUAGAGAUAUUAUUACAGCUCGUAUAGAUGCUGUCUCAGAGUUGCGUGAUCUAAAACGCAUAUGUCUUGAUGCUAAAAAGCAGUUGAGUAGCCUUCCAGAUCUCGAGAGAUUACUAACUACAAUUCACGGUCAUGGUAAUGCUUCCAAAGUCAAAAAUCAUCCCGAUUCUCGUGCCAUCAUGUGUGAAUGGAUGACAUAUAAUAAAAGAAAAAUUACCGACUUGGUGACUUGUAUAAACGGUUUCAAACAAGUAGUUGAAAUUAUAAAACUUUUCGACUCUUUAGUAAGCGAUUUAAUAGUACAAACAACACAAGUUGAACCGAAAGGAGAAUUUCCUGAUAUGACUGAAGCCCUAAACCAUUUUGAUGCGAGAUUCGAUUCAGAAUUAGCAUUAAAACAAGGAUGUAUAAUUCCUAAAAAAGGAAUGGACUUGGAAUAUGAUCAAGUGAUUGUCGAGUUAGAGCAAGUAAAAAACGAUGCAGAUGAAUAUUUGAAAUCCCAAAGUGAAUAUUUUGGAACCGAAAUUGAAUACAUAGGCGGGGGUGAUAAUCCUUAUCAACUCGAAGUUCCAGAAAGUUGCGCGAGUAAAGUUACUCCUGAUUACGAACUGGAACAUAAACGUAAAGGAUUUAAACGCUACUCGACUGAACAAACUAUAAAACUUCAAAAACGACAAACAGCUGCUGAAGAACACCAUGAUAAAGUACGUAAAGAUUCUGAUAGACGAACUUUUGCUAAGUUCAGCGAGAAUUACGAUAUGUGGGCUACAGCUGUCUAUAAAGUUGCUGUUCUUGACGUUCUUAUUUCUCUUGCUGAAUAUUCCAGGAUUGGUGACAAGUGUGCUCCAGAAAUCAACGAUACGGAUGAAGUUAUGCUAGAUAUUCAAGAAGGAAUUCAUCCUUUCAUCACAUCUGAAAAUUUUGUACCCAACAAUACAUCACUUGCGAUCAAUGGCUACGGACCCCUGGUGAUUUUAACUGGACCAAAUAUGGGUGGAAAGUCAACAAUAAUGCGUCAAGUCGGUUUGCUGAGCAUUAUGGCACAUAUAGGCUGCCAUAUACCAGCACAAAGUUGUAAACUUUCGUUGAUAGAUCGUGUUUUCACUCGACUCGGUGCCAAUGAUGACAUGAGAACUGGCAGAAGCACAUUUUUAGUCGAAUUGAGCGAAGCUGCUACAUUUGUACUACAUGCUACGAAAAAUUCUCUAGUCCUCGUUGAUGAGCUCGGACGAGGAACAUCAACACACGAUGGUACAGCAAUAGCUGCGGCUAUCCUCAAAGCUCUCUCAAAACUUGAAUGUCGAACUUUAUUCUCUACCCACUAUCAUAUGCUGGUAAGCGAAUUUAAAGAUAACCCCGCUGUCUCACCUGCUCAUAUGGCAUGUCAAGUUGAGAGUGAAGAGACUGACGCAACUCAAGAAACCGUAACUUUUUUGUACAAGCUUACUAAAGGUCCAUGCCCAAAAUCGUAUGGAUUUAAUGCAGCAAGAAUCGCUGGAAUCAAAUCUCACAUUACAAGACGAGCUAAUGAGCUUGCUAAAGACGUAGAAGACGCUGGAAAUCGAAGAAAUUUAUUUAUAUCAUUAUGUAGCGUUAACCGCCACAACAUCAAAGAAAUACUUGCUACACUUGAUUCAUUUUCUAAUUAA